CAAGCAUCACCAAUCCAAGUAAUGUUGACUUCAAGGCCGAUAAGCCAUGAAGUACUGAAGGCGGAAAAUAUUUAUUCAUUCAUCAAAAUAUACUAAACAAUAAGGUUACGCAUCAAGCUCUUAUAUAUGACCAAGGGACAAAUAGUACAAGGUUAUUCUAGAGCUCUGCACGUUGGACAAAUGCAGGUUUUGGGGUCCGCACUUUUCCAGACACUAGAACUAGAAAUUAAGAUAGCUUGACUACCAAGCCUCUAUUACCAGUACGAAAUACUGUAGUCGUAAUUCUCACAUCUUUGUUGAAUCUAUGCCCAGUAUUUAAAAAAGAAUAGCAACUUCAUUUCAGGCGAUUUUGUAGCAGGCGUAAAAUCUCCAGGUUCUGGUUUCAUUCCCACUAACCCUAAUCUGAAAAUACCUCACUUGCAGUGAAGCCUAUAUACCUUCUGGAAGUUUAGUAUUAGCGCUAAUAGGUGUAGAUGCUCGUACCAUUCGCUCCCACAAUGAAAUAAAUUGGAAGGAGCAGUCGAGAGGUGUAUGAAAAUACGCCUCGCAGGUGAUCUUGGAAUAAAUAUAUUUCCUAUCCGGAUAAAAACUUCAAAUCCACCGACUAUGAUUUGCAAUCCAAGAUGCUAUGGUGACAUUGUAAUUUUUGAGAGAUCAACCGCUAGAAAUUUAUCGUUCCACUUCACCGAAAAAACUCUAAAAUAUCGUUAAAAAUGAUACACAUUAUUAUUUUACAUAUUUUAAUCUGUUUUAGUGAGGCCGGUUUCUUUUAACGUUUUUGGCCUGUUGAGGUAGUAAACAGACGGCAUCGCGGUAAACGGGAAAAGGCAAAAAGAGCUGGCCGUCGGACAGCAGAACAGGAGCGUGGGGCAGCAAGCGAGACCGAGACUUCGACAAGUGGACCUCUCCAGCAGUUCCCUCAGAAACAAUUCCGCGAAAUGUGCAGCGAAAGAAAACCUUUUACGACGCUCGAGGCGCAAGUCGGGGUAUGCGAAAUAGCGAAAAGAGCGAAAUUAGAGAAAAGAAGCGAAAAAAGGCGAAGGAGACAGAUUCGGGCCAAUCGGGGGAGAAGUCGUCCUCGUCCGCGCCCGCGGGAGCGGCACAGCGCCGGACAGGUCAGCGGAGCGGAUGGGAAGGCGCUCUCGGUUUGAACGAGGGAGCCAGCGUCGCGUUGCUCGCUCGAGCGAGAGACCUCUCUCUCCUUCGAAUUGCGCAGCCCAUUCUCGUCGUCCUCCAUCGCGGCUGCUGCAUCGGGCUCCCUUCUUGCGGUCCGCCUUUGCAAUAAUCUCUCGAUCAGACCAUCGCAACUUCUCCCGUGCUUUUUCUCGCUCUGCCGUCUCACUUCGUGUUCGGCUUCGAGGCGCUUCUGGAGCAUCUUCUUCUGGGCGGUGAUCUGGUCGGGGCAUAAGACGAUAGCGAAGAAGACGAGACGAGGACGGGAGGGAGGAGGGAGUGCACGUAUGGAAAUGGAUGGGCUGGUGGAACCGGAUACAUUCGAUUUGAUCGUGCUCGGGACGGGUUUGCCGGAGUCCAUUUUGGCAGCUGCGGCUGCUAACGCUGGGCACAGUGUUUUGCAUUUGGAUCAUCUUGAUUUUUAUGGAGCUCACUGGACCUCCCUGUCCUUUUCUCAGUUCCGCUCUUGGGCUGGAUCGGGAGGGAGUUUCGCCCCGCCUCCGAUUCUUGCCAAUUCUUCGUUCGCAGAUGAGUGUGAAGAAUCUCCACUUUCAACUGCCUCCUCUGGUAAUUUGUUAGGAACGGCGUGUGAUUUGAGAGCUGAUGAUGAGACGGGGGCUGGGGCCGAUCAUCCCGACGGAAAGGGGAAUGAUGUUUCUGGAACUACAAUCGCCGAGAGUGAUAAGGCCGGCAAUGAGGAGACUGAGAGUGCUCGUCCUGGAGACCAAAGAGAGAUAGGGCUAGAAGUGGUCGAAGUAGAUUAUGAAAAUCAUUUAUACUCCGACGUCAGAUUGAAGGAUAUCGAAGGAGUCGAUCUCGGAGCUUCCAGAUUUUAUAACUUAGAUCUUGCCGGACCCAGACUGACGUUUUGCGGAAGUCAGUUAGUGAAUCUGCUGUUGCGAUCUGGAGCUAGUAACUACGUGGAAUUCAAGGGAGUAGAGGCCACCUACAUGUGGACAGGGACAGUUCUUUCUGCAGUUCCAUCCUCACGAGCCGACGUUUUUAAGGACAAAUCUUUGAGUCUUUCUGACAAACGUUUUUUGAUGAGAUUCUUCAAGCUCGUGACUGAUCACGCCAAUGCUGAGGGUGCGGAGAUUUCACGCGAGAUACUCGAAAGUCCCUUUGUGGAGUUCAUGCGCCUUCAAAAUCUGCCAACUUCUAUGCAAUCAAUCAUACUCUAUGCAAUAGCUCUUGUGGACACUGAUCAAGAUUCCAAGGAUUCCUCCACUCUUCUGAAGACUGAGGAUGGCUUUCGAAAGUUAACUUUGUACCUCUCGUCCGUCGGCCGAUUCUCAAAUGCACCUACAGCAUUUUUAUACCCUCUUUACGGUCAAGGAGAGCUUCCUCAAGCGUUUUGCCGCUCGGCUGCUGUCAAUGGGUCCCUUUAUGUUUUGCGCCGACCCAUCAAGGCUUUGAUCGUGGACAAGGAAUGCAAUGAAUACCGAGGCGUCCAGACUCUUACCGGCCAGCAUUUGUAUAGCAAGAAACUGAUUAUGGGGCCCAGUGUCGUACCGAAACGCGAGCAGGAGGGUGGACUGCUUCCUUUAGCCAAAGAAGAGAAUGGAAGUGUACAAAAACCUGGUGAUGAGUCCUCAAAAAAACCUGCACUCUUGUCUUCCUCAGAAGGGCCUCAUACGAAAGUGGCCAGAUACGUAUGUAUCACUGAUAAAUCUCUUUUCGAAGGACAGACCACUCUAUUGGUCAUCUUCCCUCCCAAAUUGAUCUCUGAAAAUCACUCAACAGUUGUACGAGCCUUGCAGCUGAGUAGUGCUGCAUCCGUUUGCCCAGAUGGAAAGUUCGUUCUUCAGUUAUCAACCUUAUGCUCAGAUGCAUCGGAUGGACAUGAGAUAUUGAAAGCAGCCAUUGACAUACUCUUGUCAAGACCGGGGGAAGGAACUUUGGUUUCAUCGGAGGCGAAUGAAGAAUUUUUGCCAGCUCCCAAGCCCAAAAUACUGUGGUCCGUUUACUUCAAACAGGCUUUGCAUACAGACGCAAGGAAACUGGCACGACCAGGACUGGCCAUGUUUGACAUGCCGGACGGAGCUUUGGAUUGCGAGGGGAUCUUAUCUUCAACAGAGAAGGUAUAUCGCGAAUUCUUCCCACAAACAGAGUUCUUCAAGAAAGCUCCUCCUCCAGAAGAGAAGGAAACCGAAGAGGUCGAGUCAGAGGACGUGGAAACAGAGUAGUUAUCACGAAUUAUAUCACCUCAUGGGCGUAUUUCACACCUCCUCCCUCCCUCGUACAGUGGGAGAUAAUAUGCGAAUUUAACCUAAUAAAGCGUUCAAGUCUCAACAAUAUUGGCCUGGUAGUGACUGUUAUGCGAGAUAUGCUUGCUCCACGGCUGCCUCCAAUUUUGGAAUCAAACCUUAGUCCAAUUGCAAUAUCACCUCGAGAGAUGGAACCGCUGUCCACACUUAAACUUGUAGAUCUCUUGGCAAUGGUUGCGUGCUCUUAGAGCCAGCAUGCGUUUUAAUAUUCCUGACCUAUCGGAUUUUUUAUAUGUAGAGUAAUAUACUUCUUUCGUGCAACUCCCCAAUUUCUGACGUGAGCACUUUGUUAAUGUUACCAACCAAAUACGCACUCUAAUUGGACACAGAACUAACCCAUAUGUAACUACAAGAG